CCCCAGAAGAGGAGAGAAGCUGCUCGUGGCUGAACCCCUGGGUCUUCCUUGUUUCUGUCCUUGUCAUCAAAACUACCUUUGUAACCAUCUGCCUCGUUGUUUUCCUUCAUGGAAGCUAUGGCCAGCACAAGACUCUGCUCCAGAACAGUACAGAGUGGCGCUGCAUCCCCAACGUAUCUGCAGGAAAAAAGGAAGGCUGGAUGUGCUGCCCAGAGGGCUGGAGGUGCUUUCAAGAAAAGUGCUAUUAUCUGUCCACUGAUAGGAUGUCCUGGUUUGAGAGUGAGCAGAACUGCACUGGGAUGGGCUCCCACCUGGUGGUGAUCAACAGCAAAGAGGAGCAGGAGUUCCUCUUCAACUUGGCGAAAGGAGUAUUUACUAAUGCCUAUGAAACAAAAUACUACAUAGGCUUAACUGCUUACAAAAAUGGGCAAUGGCAGUGGGUGGAUCAGACUCCGUAUACGAAGACAGCCAC